UCAAACAUUUUCAAAUUUUCAAUGAGACAGAUACUUCAAGCGAUAGUUUUACAUUUCUAUCAAGGACUCUAAAUAUAACUCAGACCUAUAUCACAUAUAGGAACGUUUAAGAAGUACAUGAUGGUGAUAACAUCAAUAAUAUUUUAUCAAUUAAAAGCAAAUAAUUGUUUGAAUAUAUAACUCGGCAGACCGAAUAUCGGACAAGUGAAGUGACAACGUGUAUAGUUCAACGUAACCACAACAACGCAACGUCGAAUUCAAAACACUGUGCAUAUAUGUAAAUAUUAUUUAACUCUGAAACAAAUAUUUGUUUUUAUAACCUUAAAAAUUUGCCAAGUCAAACUCGUAAAUAACAAAAAUCAUGUGAUAAACAAGCGCAUUGAGAAUGAGUGAAUCGGAUGAUACUGACAUUUUAUUAUUGAUACCACCAGAUUUGUUCCAUGUUCCAUCAUCAGACUCUGAAGACCAUUCAGACUGUGGCCCCACGGUACAAAGAAGAAGUGGAGUUGUUUCUGAACUCAUUGAUCACAUGCAGACAUUAGAAUCUAGGAUUUCAGUAAUUGAAUCAAAAGAUAGUCCUAGCAAUACUCUGAACCUUAAUCAUUGGCUUUCUUUGGACUCUAUUACGAGUUGCAAACAAACAAUGCCAAGGACUAAAUUUUCUGUAAGUCGACAAUCUACUUUACAGAGUACCCCUACUAAAGUUCCUCAAUGUUCUUCACUAUCAUCAACUCCUAACAUUCAUCAAAAAUCAAAUCAUAUCAAUGAAAAGCAUCAUCACCUAAACUCAAAUGGAAAAUCUCAAAGUCGUAAAAGAGAUCCCAGCUUUGUAAAUAAGUGUGAUCAUUCAAAAUCAUUUCCAGAGCUUCUUCAUACACAACAUGAUUUACAAAUUAAAAGUACCUUGCAUGCUGGUAUUGGGUCCCCUAAAAAAGAUUCAUGCUUACUACUUUCGCCUAUAUCGAAUAUUUGUGAUAAUAAUUCCUCUCACACAAACAAAUCUCUAUCAACAAGUCUUUGUGGUUUAGAUCAUAAAUCCACCAAUGAUAUGAAUUUAACUGAGGUGAAUAAACUUUUGAAGAAGAUACAAAGUAAUGAUAACAACAAAAUAACUAAUGAUCACAACUCUAAUGGAUAUUCAAUACAAAUUGAUACAGGUACAAUUGAUAAAACAAACAUUUGUGAAAUGACAAGUAACAAUGAGAGGACAAGUGAUAAAAUGGAGCAAGAACAAAAAAUCAUGUCAAACAACCAUUCUACUUUACAUGAGUCUAUGUACUCAUUAAAUUGUGGAAAACAAAGAGACCGUAUUGAUUGUUCACUGUUGGAUAGUAGUUUUUCUUCUUUUGAUACUGAAAGAUUUAUGACCGAAUUCAAAACGUGGAAUCCUAGUUUGUCACAAGACACAGAUUGUAGUAAAAGUACCAAGAUUGAUUUAAAAAGCUUUCAAGAUGAUGAAAAUGUGGUUAUUAAAAAACACAAAGAAAUGAGUGAUCAAAUGGUUAAUAAAAUUCAGAGAAAUAAUUUUCCUACAGCCAUGGAUAGACAUUCUGAAGAGAGUAAAAAGGAAAACAAUGAUCAAUACAUUAAUACUAACUUUCAUGCAAUGCAUUUUGAUACAUUAAACACAUCUCACAUGCUUUCCAUGUCAGGCAGUAAAAGUUGCCCAAACAUUUUAAAAACUCAAUGUAAUUUUACUCCCUCAGAAUCAUUAGUUAAUACAACUGAACUGGCAAGUGCCAUUAUUGAUGAUGGUAAAUGUUUACCAAAAAAUUCUACUAGUGAUAUAAAUGAUAAUGAUUCAAGCAAUAAGAGAUGUCAACGUUUACUCACUUUAUCGGACAUCUGGAAUCAAGACUCUUGUAAACCAGAAGCAGAAUUAUUACACUUAAAGUUAGAAGAAGAAAAAUUUCGAAGACAGCAUUGUGAACAAUUAAUUCAAGAAUUACAAAAAACACUAUUAGAACAACAAGAAAAGAUUGCUGUUGCUAUUAAAGUGGACAAUGAAAAAAAUUCUUUCAUCUCGCAAUUUCAAGUAUCUUGGAAAAAAAUGAAACAUAAGUUACAUGAAUUAGAGAUCGAACGUGAAAAUUUUCAAAAAAUAUUGAAGGGUGUAUCAGAAAAACACAAAUCAGAAAUAGGCAUAUAUCAGAAGCAACUUGAAAAGUAUAAAGAAGAAUUAUCGAAAGCUAUCAAUUUAGCCACUGGUUACAAAGACAAGAGUGAUGCUUUCAUUGAAGAGAAAGUUGAACUCUUAAAAAACCACGCCGGUGAAUUACAAAACUAUCAAUCUCUUUUGCAGCAGUCAGAGAAGAGAUAUGAAGAGAUGGAAACUGAAUGCCAAAAAUUAGUGGAAAAAAAUAAAAAACUGGAUGAAACAUUGAAAGGUGUUCAACAAGACCUUAACACAGAAUUAAUGAAAAGUAGUGAAGUUAGAGACGAGUUAUCUGUUAUUCAUAAAGCACUAGACGCUUGUGAAACCGAAUUAGUCAUUUUACGUCAAGAAAAAGAAAAUUUACAAAUCAUGUUGAAAGAAGAAAAUAGUAGAAAUAAUAUUCUUGAAAAAGGAAAUCAUUCACUCAUGACAGCUGUUGACGACGCCAAAAAAGCUGAGAAAUAUGCAAAUAAUGAACUGAAAUCUCUUGCUGACCAGCAAGAAAAAUUAAAAGCUGAACUUCGAGAUGUUUACCAGAAACAAGUGGAUGAAGUUGUGAAAACAAAGCUUCAUGAAUUUCAAACUCAGUUGGAUUCAGCCGAAGCUAUUUUCCAAAAUGAAGUAGAAACAAAGCAGAGAGCAAUAGCUGAAUGUGCUGCACGUAAAAUAAAAAGUGUUAUGGAUAAGCAUCAAUUGGAAAUACAUUUAGUCGAGGAAAAGCAUAAAGAAGAAAAAAGAUUGAUUGAAAUAAAAAUGGCUCAAGCAGUUCAAAAAUCUGCAAUUUUAGAGGCGCAGCUGAAUAGUUACAGAAAAAGUAAAAGUCAGUUAGUAGAGCAACUUUACUCGAUGUUGCAAAAGCAGUGGCAACAGGCUCUCGUUAUAAUUUCAGGAGGUAACAGCGAAAGUAUGACAUCUUUCCAAAAACUUGAUAUAGACAAAUUAUUCGAUUUUCCACACGAAGAGAAUUUCGAAUUAAUUCCUGAACACUACAGUACGCAACGUAGUGAUCCGACAAGGUUAGGUGAGCAAAAAAGUAUUAACGUGAAAUCUUUGCAAGCGCAAGGAGUUCAAAAUGAAAGUUUAAUUGCAUUGACUUCGAACGACGAUAAUCCUUUGAAUGGUAGAAAGGAAUCAGACAGAUCAAAAAGCGAUCUUAAAAAGUACAUUCAAUUGAUUUUGGAUAUACAACAAAAAGAUAACAUUCGAAAAUUGAACAUUCCAAGUGAAAAUGCACCGUCUUCUCAACAAGAAGUGUCUUGCAAACCAUCGUCGAUGUCUAAUAAUUGUAACACGGGAAAUGAAGGAAACUCAAAAUGGGAACCUAUUUCAGAGAUAUCUAUUCAUGAUACGAGUGAAUAUUUGAGUCCGCCGCAGAAAUUUACUUUCAAAAGUGAUCAGAUCAAACCUCCAUGGAAAUGAUAUCGUAUGAAAAAUGAUGCUGAAGAGAGACAUGGAAUUGACGAAGUUGACUGCGCAAAGUAACAAAUAUAGGUGUAAAAAAAUAAGUUUUUAAUGAUGAUAACUAUUUUUUAACAAAUAUCGUAUUUAUUGUAGAAAAUAAAAUCAUAAUAUUCAUGAAACAUGUUAUUCUGAUAUUAGUUUUAAGUACUCAUUAGGUCGCUUGGAUCCCUCUUAUCAGAAUAACAGAGGAAAAGGAAACGAGAUAUGUUUAUAUAAAUAUCAAGACGAAGCGCCGCUGAAAAGACCUCGAAUGUGG